CUCCGGUCGCAGCGGGCUCAGUGUGUUGCAUGGCUGGCUCGGCGCUCGGAUUGUAUCGGGCGGAUUAUCGGUGAUCGGAGGGCUCGGCGGUGUUUGCACUGGACACGGUUGCUUGUGGUUCCCGGAUCCCGCAUGUCCUGUGGCUUGGAUGGUGACACUUUCUUGGAGCAGCCCGUGGUGAAAGACGUUCAGCGGAGCCGGGGAGAGCAGGGGGCUUGUCAAUGGAUCGGCUAAUCUCCAUCUGGCUACAACUAGAGCUCUGUGCUAUGGCCGUCCUGCUUACUAAAGGUGAAAUUAGAUGCUACUGUGACGCCCCGCACUGUGUUGCAACUGGAUACAUGUGCAAGUCGGAAUUAAAUGCCUGCUUUUCCAGGUUGCUUGACCCGCAGAACAUCAAUUCACCGCUCACACAUGGCUGCUUGGACUCUAUCGCAAACACAGCAGAUGUGUGCAAGGCCAAAAGCUCUGAGAACAAGAGUGGGGCAUCUAUACCCAAGCUGGAGUGCUGUCAUGAAGACAUGUGCAACUACAGAGGCCUGCACGAUGUACUUUCUCAUCCUAAAAGUGAAACAUCAGGUUCUGGUGGCAGGUAUCAACAUGAAAGCACAAGAAACCUUAUCACAAAGGUCCAGGAGCUUAAUUCCUCCAAGGAACUGUGGUUCAGAGCAGCGGUCAUUGCUGUCCCUAUAGCCGGUGGACUAAUAUUGGUGCUUCUUAUAAUGCUUGCACUCCGUAUGCUCCGCAGCGAGAACAAGAGACUACAAGAUCAGAGGCAGCAGAUGCUGUCCAGACUACACUACAGUUUUCAUGGGCACCACUCGAAGAAAGGACAAGUAGCCAAGUUGGACUUGGAGUGCAUGGUGCCCGUGACCGGGCAUGAAAACUGUUGCUUGACCUGUGAUAAAAUGAGGCAUACAGACCUCAGCAAUGACAAACUAAUUUCCCUGGUUCACUGGGGGAUGUACAGUGGACAUGGCAAGCUGGAGUUUGUAUGACCACGUUGGACAUCUUGGUCCGGUAGAGUCUCUGCUGGGUAGAAGCACUUUAUCUUUGAACACAAACUGUUAUCCUAAGAGGAGGAAGUUGGAAUCUUCCGCACAGCAGGAUGCUUGAUGUUUCUGGUGGAAGGUUCCAAAAGAUAUUUUAUUUGCACAGAUCGAGAAGAGUUUGAAGGGGGGGGGGAGGGGACUCUUUUGUACUAUGUGGGUUUAUUGAUGAGACGCCAGAUGUAGAAGAGUUGUACACACUGUCACCAAGGUUUUCUAACUUUUUAGGGAGCCAAUACUGGUCAUUAAAAUAAACUGUACACAUUUCUAUGUUUAAUGUAAAGAAUUUUUAAAUAUAUAUUUUGUCUGAAACCGU